GAGAGGGCGCUUUAACCGAAGGACGCUUCCUGUUAACAAAUUAGCAAGGAUUCGUCUGCACGGAAGCAUAAUUUGGUUCUGAAAAUGUCCAUUUAGAUAUUUUUGGCUGUCUGGGGUGUAUUGGAAUAAAAAAGCUCUUAUCACAUAUGCCCAUUUGAAUUGAAAACCAAAACGAGUGUUAUUUUUUGCCCACUUCCAGAAGAUUCUCGGAAAAGACUGUAAAGUGGUCGGUGUUUGUUUUGAUUGUCGAACAAUACAUUGACUUCUCUGCUUUCACCAGAACAGAUAAUAUGGACAAGGCUGCCAGAGCUGUUAGAAGGAGUAGUGUUAAGUUGCUUUCUCUGAAUGGAGGUCAUGCUGACCUGAAUGUGCUCAUAUCUGAGGUGAAGGACAUGCGGAAUACAGCCAAGGCUUUCAUGAAUGCCCAGUCAGCUGCUUCACAAGAUCUCCUGAAAUGGACUGCACAUGAAGACAAUCGUGCUAUACAGGAUGUUGCCAACCAGCUGGCUGAACUCAAUCUAGUAUGGACAGAAGUACAACGAGAAUUUAUUGAGCACAUCAAGGAGUACAAACAUAUGUAUGAGAUGGUCCUGGAGGGAGAGAAGCAUGUUGCCCAUGCCAAAACCAACUUUGCUUCGUGUGAGCAGCGUGAGGUGAAGAUUAGGAAGGAAUUAAAGAAGGCCUUCAAGAAAGCAACAUCUGCUGAGCUACAGAGUUUGGAAGGAAGGUUAUCUCAAGCUGAAAGAGCCAAAGACUUAGCUCAGGUGGAAGUUGCUGAUAGAGUGCAUGAAAAUGAAGCAGUGAAACUGAUCCGUAUCAAAGAGGGACUGCUGAAAGUGUCUGAUGCUUAUUGUGAUUUUUCCAAAAAGUGUUCUGUGAUAUUCGAUGCACAAUCCCAAAUAGCCCACCAACUGCCUGAUGUACAUGGCCAAGAUCUGGGAGACAUCAAAUACACAGGGUCCGGGACUACCAAGUUCUACGUACAGGAAGCCAAGGAGAAGAUCCGCCAGUGUCGGCGCCAGUCACACAACUUCCAUUCACCUCAACAGCAGAAUUAUGCAGAUCCUCCACCACCUUACUCACCCAAUGACCUAAUUGAGAGUGAGCAGAGUCCAUACAGUCCUUCCCGCACAUCGGAGGAAGGGGUGUCACCACGGCGACGCUCCAACCUGUCCUGGCAGGGUCGACAGGACACCAUGGAGGAAGAAGUUGGGGUCGACAGCGACUAUGAGGCAGAUCUUACUGGAGCAAUGGGCGGGGCACAGAUUUAAGACAUUUCUGUGAGAUCAGUGGUUCAAUGAAACUCUGUUAAUCUUCAUCCAGAAAGUCCACCCUCCACAGAAACUUAACAUCUACAUAUACACAAAUGUCUUCACUCCGUAACAAUUGAGUAACCUAGUGGUUAAACUUUAAAGUAUUUGCUGAUUGCACCUUUGGGUUCGAUUCCUCACAUGGGUGCAAUGUGUGAAGCCCUUUUCUAGUGUCACGCACCUCGAUAUUGCUGGACUACUGCGAAAAGCAUCGUAAAGCACUCAUGCACUAAAACAAUGAUUCAUAAUCCAUAAAUCUGAUAAUCCAGAUUAUUCACUGGAAAGGUUAUCCAGAUUAACAGAGUUUCACUGGAUUAGAUUUGAUGCAUAAAGAUACGUAAGGAAUUUUAGUGAACAUUUUCAGCUGAUAUUUGUGAAUAAGUGAUGCGGCUGAGCAUGUAUCAAGUGUAUUCAAGAUACAGUGUAGCUUUCUUGAGAAGAUGCAAGCCCCCUUGUUGCUUACGUUUGUAAAAAAUGUGAAGUGAUAAAACUGUGACUUUCCUCUUUACAGGAGUUUUUAUGCUUGCUGUCAUACUGUCUAUUUCAGCACAAUCAAGUUACAAUCACAAGCCCUGACUAAGAAUUGGUGGUGUCCAAUGGUUAGGAACAACCUUAUGAAUGAUCUUCAUCCUGUGAAUGCCAGGAAUGGUACCUGUGUCAUUGAUUUCAUUUUUUAUUUUUACAAAUUGUUUGACAUGGAUGUGUACAUCUCAACCACCAUAUGUAGAUUUGACCAACACAGUGAUAACAAGGCUUCCUUAUACACUUUAUUGUGUGUUUUUGUGUUUGUUGCAGUGUUUACUGUGACUAAUCCUGCUUAUUGCAAACCAAUCUUCUUUAAGUAUUUAUUGACUUGCUUAUGGGGCAGUGGGGUAGCUAGUGGUUAAAGCGUUUGUUCGUCACACUGAAGGCCCGCGUUUGAUUCCCCAAACGGGUACAAUGUGUCAAGCACAUUUCAGGUGUCCCUGCUGUGAUAGUGCUGGAAUAUGCUAAAAGCAGCAAAAACCAUAUUCACUCACUCACUAACUGACUGAUAUGCUUUGAUGAUGAUUAGAAUAUAGUGCUAGAUUUGAAUGUCAACUUGUUUUGGCUGCGCUGAAACCACAUGUCUACCGUAACGAAAACAUUCAAUUCUUAAUUUCUGUUGUUUUUGUAUUGACAGUGUGUAAUAUGUGCCUAAAAUUUCUGUCAUAUUUAGAAACAUAUUUGCUGAACAUUUAUCAAGACAUUACAUAUUGCAGUAUUUACUUGUUUUUUUCUACAUUAUCAUGUCAUUUCUUCUUAUAUUCUAUUCCAUAUAAUUCAAGAUGUGAUAUAUAUUUGAAUGACCCACAGGCAUGACAUGAUAUAGAUUGGGAAAAAAAGAAUCACAUACAUAUGAUAUUUUCAUAUAGUGUGCCAUGUCUUGUAUUAUUCAUUAUCAGUUGUCAGGAGGACAUUGUCAAUCCCUAACCAGCAUGUAAAUAUUGUUACCAAUGGGUCAUCAAAUCGUUGAUGUAAAUAUCCGGAGUAUAGAUCUGAUAUUGGGAAAGAUCUUCAGGAAAUCAGCAUUGCAGUAAGAGCCAAAUCUUCUGGUAGCCAUGGUUACAUGGUUUCGAUUUUUGAUCAAACUUGUUAUUGUUGUUACUCUGAGCUGUGCUCAGCAACCUUGUAUACAAGGCUUUGAAUGUGUAAUGGUGUUGUCAGUUUCAGUGUUUUAAUAAGUAUGGUGAAUUCAACAUUAACACGUAUAUACAGUCUGUGCCAAGAGCUGUUGAGUCUUCUAGCCCUGAACAUGUAUUUUGGCGUUAUUUUCAGUAGAUUUUAGUCUUACUAUAUGGACUAGUACAAGCUGAUCUUGCUAGACAUAUGAAAUUUUACUUGACACAGGUUUCAGGCUAGUGGAUAAAAGUGCAGACUAUAUAUAUAUAUACAUAUGUGUAACAGAGUGUAACAAUGUAUUUGACCCCAGUAGUUGAGAUGUGUCAAAUGAUUAAUUGUCAUAGAACAGGUUUAUAUCUGCAGCUAUAUCAAACUGUUGAAAGGUUUUGUUUUAGCCAGUGACAGCAGCUCACAGUUGUGUUUUAGUGCAUAUGGAUAACCAGAUACUGUGUAGAUACAUAAAAACAUGUUUUAGAGGACAUAUGGUUAUGACAUGUGAUUAAUAUGGUUGAUGAUAUUUCACAAUUUACUUAAAUAAACCCUACUCACAAAUUUA